UGUUCAUUGAAUAUGGCAUCCUGCAUGCAGGAAUAAUAUAUCUUAUGGUACACUUCUGUGGAGUGAUACCGACAGUUCUUACCUUGACCAUUGGUUUCUACUGAUUGAGUAUAAUUCUUAACAAAUUUGGCUAUCAAUUCGCCACAGGCCAAGAUGUGCAAUUCUUCUUCAAUUCAGGUGCAGAGUCGGCUUAUUGCAUGGGAAUAAUCGAACUCGAAAAGGUUAAAGCAAAAGUUCUCAAAACAGAGUGCUUGCACAGAAAGGGACUACAUAACGUCAGGAAGAUGAGACAAGUCCCAUUCAACUUCUUAGGAAUACAUUUCUGGAAAGACAUCGAUCCUGAAGUUGCAAUAGAGCAGUUCCAAAUUAUUGAUGAUAAGUUCUCAACCAGAGAUGACGUAAUAAAUCACUGAAAUGAGUGGGCUUCGACUAACAUAUCCAUGGACAAACCUCAAUGGGAGAUGAGGUUCAAGGAGGAUUAUACUAAAGAUACUUCUCUGCUGCUCAUGAAAGCACACCAUUCCUUCACAGAUGGAGUCGGCAUUGUCACCUUGUUUGCUUUUCUUAACGAUGAGUCGUUGUGCCCCAAGAUGAUGCCAGUGAAUAAAGAUUUCUCAAGCAUUCAAACUUUCUUACUUGUUUUGUUCACUCCAGUCGCUCUACUGUUGCAAUACUUAGUUAUCUUGUUCCAUAAGGUACACAAGUCUACAAGGAUGAUCCAUACCCCGGAUGGGAAGCUUUCAUCAGAGACGGUACUUUUGCUAUCAAAAACAUUUGAUUUCGAAGACAUUAGGAAAUGCUAUAAAAAGUAUGAGAAAACAACAUUCAACAAUUAUUUGAUGGGAGUCUUGAGCAAAAGUAUACACUCAUGGUUUGUCAAGAACAAUGUGGAAGCCCCAGAUAACUUGUUAAUGGCAUGUCCUGUAUCUAUGAAGGGCUUCCCUAAAUCUGUUGAAGAGAUAGAUAUGAAUAACUACACUUCAAAUAUAACAAUUCAGCUUCCUAUUCUCAAGGAUAUGAAUGAAUCUCUAAAAAUUACGAAGGAACGUUUUGCUCAGUUCUUUAAACUUUACUAUCUUUUUCCGACAGUGUACUUUCAGCAUCUGUUCAGGUAUAUACCAAAGAAGAUAGGCACAUAUUUGUAUAACAGAUUCACUAAGGAGGUUGACAUCAUUCUCACGAAUGUGAAUGGGCCUAAAGAGCCUAUCUACUUAUGCAACAAGAAAAUAAUGAGUAUAACACCCUUUUUAACAACUUUCUCGACCAUCGACCUCAUCAUUAUCUGAUUUUCAUACAACAAGAAGAUUGGAUUCCAAAUUUUUGCUGAUAAGAACAUCCAGAUGGACCCUCGUGAGCUGAGAGAUCUUCUUGAGUCAAACUUUGAUGGCCACAUGGCUUAACUGAAAUUAUUUUAGUUUUGGAAAUUUUAAGUAUUCUAUGACGUC